AUGUCAACAAUUGGCUACUACCCAAUCUUUUGCACAAUUUCUGAACUCCCAGCUGAGCUCAACAACGCUCUAGCAACACUCCCCCGCGGCGUCGACGGCCAAGUCCAGAACUGUCUAGUCCUCUGCCUAUCCCCAGACCAACUUAUCUUCAUCCACGGCAUCACACCAACCACACAACCACUCACCAGCUACUUCAUCGACUGGGACAUGCUCUCACUCUCCCAUUUCUGCGACCAAAGGAUCGCAUAUAUCCCUUCUUCAUCCCCUCACAACUGCAUCGAUUCCACUACAUUUUUGAUCAUUGAUGAUAGGACAUUGCUUGAUGAGAGUUUACGUGUGGUAAGUACAGAGUCAGAGACUAUCAAUGAAGAUGUGGUUUGUGAGAGGAAUUGGUGUCCUUGGGAUUGUAAGAAGGUCUUGGAAACGGUGAGAUGUGGGAUCAAGGAUUUGGGGGUGCUGUUGCCGUGUAUUGAGGAAGAUGGCUUGAAGAGUGCUAAGAUAGAUCUGGGAGAUGACGAUGUGUGGGAGUUUUGA